UAAGUCAUGUGAUUUUAACAGGAAGAACGGUUGCCCCCUUUCAAAACACUAGAGUGGUGAACUUAGGUUUAUGUUUUUUAACAUACUGUGUGUGAGUGUCGAUUGAACUACCACGGCUCUGCAGUAGCUGAUCUCCAGUCUGCCAGCGUACCGGUACACCAGAGACACCAUGGCUUGGACAAAAUAUCAGCUGUUUCUCGCAGCGUUGAUGCUCACAACUGGAUCUCUCAACACAUUAUCCGCAAAAUGGGCAGAUAUGUUCUCUGCUCCAGGAUGUCACGAUGUUCCAAACCAUGCCUUCACUCAUCCAUUCCUGCAGGCGGUGUGUAUGUUCCUGGGAGAGUUUGCCUGUCUGUUAGUGUUCCACCUGCUGCUGUGUCAUGACCGGAGGCGUCCCGAGCCCACGAUGGAGCCGGGCCAGAGCUUCAACCCCGUGCUCUUCCUUGCCCCGGCCCUCUGUGACAUGACGGGCACAUCCAUCAUGUAUGUGGCUCUGAACAUGACGAGCGCGAGCAGCUUCCAGAUGUUGCGUGGUGCCGUGAUCAUCUUCACAGGGCUUCUCUCCGUGGCCUUCCUGGGCCGUAAGCUGCAGCCGAGCCAGUGGGUCGGAAUCUUCAUCACCAUCCUGGGCCUCGUCGUUGUCGGCCUGGCCGACUUCAUCACCGGUAACCGCGACGAGUCGCACAAGCUCAGUGAGGUCAUCACAGGUGACCUGUUGAUCAUCAUGGCUCAGAUCAUCGUGGCUGUGCAGAUGGUGCUGGAGGAGAAAUUUGUCUACAAGCACAAUGUGCACCCCCUUAAAGCUGUCGGCACAGAAGGCUUGUUUGGCUUCUUCAUCCUUUCCUUCCUGCUCAUCCCCAUGUACUUCAUCCCCGCGGGCAGCUUUGGCUCGAACCCCCGGCACGUGCUGGAGGACGCGCUGGACGCCUUCUGCCAGAUCGGCCGGCAGCCGCUCAUCUUGGUGGCGCUCUUUGGCAACACGUUCAGCAUCGCCUUUUUCAACUUCGCCGGCAUGAGCGUCACCAAGGAGAUCAGCGCCACCACGCGCAUGGUGCUGGACAGCCUGCGGACGGUGGUGAUCUGGGUGGUGAGCCUGGCGUUGGGCUGGGAGUCGUUCCACGCCCUGCAGAUCCUGGGCUUCCUGGUGCUGCUGCUGGGGACCUCACUCUACAACGGCCUCCAUCGCCCUCUGCUGGCCCGGAUGCCGUGUUGCGCGCACCUUGCCGGAGGCGAGGAGGAGGGAAGCGAUAGGGAGAGAGAUCCACUGGUGUCAGAGAGCUAACUGCUAACGGUUAAUCACUAACAGGGGAAAAAAAGGGAAGUAAAACGGGCGCUGGUGGCAUCGCAAGUACAGUGGAGCGCUAAACCGCACUAAACACACACACACACACAAAAACACACACACAUCCACGCAGGAUGUGUCAGAAGGUGAUCUUGAAUAGGGCAUGGGUGUACAGCACACAGAUGAUGCACACACACACACAUUGUUUUUUUGUUUUAAAAUGAUGUCUGCCACUGCCUGUACAGCUUUAAAGGAGAAGGAACGUAUUACUUGCCUCCUUGUGUGACAUGACGUAACAUAUAAAAGGAUGACCAUACUUGGGAAUAACUAAUGUCAUUUAAGCUGACGAUAGUUUUGAAAAUAUUUUUUUUUUUAUAAAUGUCACUGGAACUGUAAAAUAACAAAAGAAAAAAAAAUGCCACAAUUUGUAUAAAUUCAGUUAACAGGGAAUAUGUCCUUUUUUUGUUUGUUGGUCUGUACAUUUUAUCAAUGCUGGAGUUUAUACCAUGUGUUCAUACCAAGUCUUUGUGCCAGUAAGUGAUGAGUAGUUCUUUUUUUUUUUUUAAGUGAUUUAUAUCGGAUCAUGAUUUUCAGAUGUUCAGAAACACAACCUUCACUUGUGCAUAAGGUCUUUUAUACUUAAACAUGAACUCAGUACCAUGAUAUCAAGGCCUUAGAAAGGCAUCGCUGUUUACCUUUCUUUAAAUGUUUGUCGGGAGCCGACCUUUUGGGAGCUGCGGAUUUCUUGUUUUUGCCAAACUGAAAGGUUUAUAGGCCAAUGGCACAGUUUCUAGGAGAUAAUGAAUUCUCUAUUUUGAUGGUGAGCAGUGGCUUGAUUUCUCUGUACCUCUUUGUGACUGUUCCAGCACCCAUUAUCUCACUAAAGAGUAAAUGAGGGCUAGAACAAUCAGAGCACUCAGUUUGGCAUGCAUGCUUGCGUGCUUUUUAUCAAUGGCCUUCCUUUUUUCAGGUGAAUUUAGCCCAUUAAAUGUUGUUGCAUCA